UAUGAUAGCUUUCGGUAAAAUAAUUGCAUGGUAAAUAAAUAUAAAGAGUGCUUAACAUUCGAUGCCAAAAAUCGAUCAGAGUCCACCAUGACGUCGAAAUCGAUAGUUUUGGCCAUAGGAACAGAGAGCAAAGACGAAAUUAAAGACAUACCGACGAUACGACACGAUCGCAAAGCCUCUUUUCAAUCCGAUUUCGAGGAACAUAUGCAGAAAAUUCUACUAAAUGGAGGUAAACCACUGGAAAGUUUUCCCAAUGAUAAAGUUAUCCAAAGAUUUGCAGCGAAUGGGUUGAAAAAAAAUGAAUAUCAUUAUUAUGAGUUUGCUCGAGGGAUUAAUAGGGGUUGCUGGAUAAUUGAUGGACCCACAUUUGAGCCCAAGGGUAUCCUAAGACGUGUUAAAGAACGGAUAAGCAAAGAUCAUUGGAUUACUGAUAAUGUAGCCAAGUUUAAAAAGGAUUCCAGAGACUUUGUACAAAAAACCGUUAGUAAUGCCUUACAUGAGGAACAAGUUGACAUUUUUCAGUAUCUGUGUUAUUUAAAUGAAAAUUGUAAUAAAAAGUGAUUAAUUUUA